AUCUCACUCCCAAUUUUCUCACAUAAAAAAUGAUAUCUUGGAAAUAAAAAGAGAGAAAAUCCCUGUAAUAACUUUUUUAAAAAAUUCGUUCCUCAGAUUCGGGAGAAUUUGUCUGGUAGUUGGAGGGAAAUUGAAGUGUAGGUUUGCAAGCAAAGAAAAAUCAAUUCUCCUCUUCCUGCAUUUAAAAGAUUGGCAGAGAAAGCCAGGGAAACAUUAUCAGAGAAUCCCCUGUGGUUAUAUGUUGGUUAUAAAUGAUGGGGCAGAGGGGGGCUAUAUUCGGGGAUGCCCUUCGCCAAGCAUUUAUGCCCAAAGACCAAUACGAAGCCCUGCGAGAAGAAGACAAGGCAUGGGCUCGCCUCCAGCGCCCGCUUAUCAUGGUCCUUCUCACCCUUAUAGGGGCCGCUGUUGUUAUUUCAGUGGCGCUCACAUUGAGCGUUGUUUUUCCUCCAAAAGGAGAACACGCCUUCUGCCAGAGAACUCGUAUUCAACCGCUACAUAUGAACGGGAGGGCUUAUAAUUUCACUGAUGAGGAGGCCGCUCAGUAUUUUUGGAUGGCGGUGUUUCUUCCCACUGCGAUUUUAUUUGGGGUUUCGCUGGUUUAUCUCUUAGCAGGUAUUGCUGUUGCGUAUUCUGCUCCACAAAGACAUGGGUGCUUAAAGAUUGUGGAAAAUAAUUACUGUGCAUCGAAGCGGGGUGGUGUCCGCUGUCUUGCAACUCUUAAUGUUUCCUUUGCAGCAGUAUUUGUUCUUCUUGCACUGUUUCUGGGUUCGACUAUCCUUACUCUUGAAAGCGAUUGCUCUGUUACAUUAUUCUGGUGCUAUGAAGUUGUCUGCUGGGGCCUUGUAGUUAUAUUUGCAGGGACUGCAUUUUUCUUAAGACGCAAGGCAGCAGUUAUUCUUGAUGAGGGUGAAUAUUACGGUAGUCACACUGUUGGGCUUGAGAUGCUAGAGGCUGCUCCACAGCUACCACAAGCGGAGAUAGAGAAACGUGUCAAUGCAGGAUUCAGUUCUUGGAUGGGAUCGUCAUUUCUUUCUUCAGAUGAAGAGGAUGGACCCCAUAUAAAUGGCCUAGAUGACAUAUGGGAAGAUGAUGAUGCUUAUAGCAUGCCAACAAACACAAGGACAACAUUACCCUAGUUUGAAGGAUGCAAAUGCUUUUUAGGCUUUACACAAGUUUUGAUCUCUGUGAUUAUUCUGGCCAAUGAAAGAUUCUUUUCUAAAUGAGAAAAUUUGUAUGGAAGCCAGUCGGUGUUUGCAUUGAAGCUCUUGUAUAUUCAUUCUAAUCUUGUUAACAAAAUUUGAACUGAAUGACUUCAUUAUUAGGUUUUUCAUGAAUAUAGCUGAAACUUGUGGAAAGUACAAGUUUAGACACCCGUGCUCUCAAUUGAGGCCACGUGUAGUAGAUGAAGAGACAAGAAAUAAUAUUGAUUGAACUUAACUGUAUGGUAACAAAGAGACAUGAAGCAAUUUCUGCUGUGUAUGUGCA